CUGACUUUGGAAAACAAUAAAUGAUGUAGUCGAAAAGAAGCGGUAAGAAGGCAUGUCACUUGUGGCUUUUGUAUUCCUCCCACGCUAAAUCAAAAGUAACACUUCCAUCACCGAUGUUUGUAGUAGCUACAUUCAGCCAUCCUUGAACUGGUAUCAGCCGUGACUUAAUUCUCACUGUCUUUAUGAACGUGCGUGGAUUUACGGGUAUCAAUCAAUUUAUAUAAAGCAUUUUCUUUGAUUAGCUGGCAGGUGAACUCUUAUAUUGUGGAUAUGCUCCGAGUAGCGACCGCUAUUCUGUGUUUCUUGGUAGGUGGAGUGGUGGUACAUAGUGCCCCCUGCGAGCCGGUUCAUAUUCACAUGUGCAGAACUAUGCCGUGGAACAUGACAAGAAUGCCCAACCACCUGUAUCAUAGCACUCAGCAGAAUGCAAUACUGGCAAUAGAGCAAUAUGAGGAGCUCGUGGACAUCAACUGCAGCGAGGUAUUGCGCUUUUUCUUGUGUGCAAUGUAUGCUCCAAUCUGCGCAUUUGACUUCCUCCAUGACCCGAUCAAGCCUUGCAAGUCGGUGUGUCAAAGAGCGAGGGAUGGAUGCGAGCCCAUCAUGAGGCGCUAUAACCACAGCUGGCCAGAAAUAUUCGCUUGCGAAGAAUUACCAGUUUACGACCGCGGAGUCUGCAUAUCACCUGAAGCGAUGGUGACUGAAUUUGCCGAAGAUGUAAAAGUUGUCGAUGCCUCGCUAGACGUAAUGCCAAACGAACCACAAGCUUUGGACUGCAAAACGUGGAAUUCUGAUAGAUGCAGAUGCCGUAAAAUGAAACCAACACUUACAACAUAUAUGGAGAUGAAGUAUGAUUAUGUUAUUCAUGCAAAAGUUGUAGACAUGAAUCAGACUGGAUGCCAUGAAGUGAUUGUGCUUGUAGAGGUGAAAGAGAAGGUCAAAUCUUCCCAGUCAAUCACAGAAACUCUCGUACCUGUAAUAUCAAAUUCCUCAUGCACGUGCCUGCAACCUCAACCCAAUCAAGAAGUAAUUAUCAUGUGCUAUGAGUGGGGCUCAAGACUGAUGAUGCUGGACAGUUGCAUCAUAGAGGAAUGGAAAGACCAGUUGUUAAAGAGAUAUAAGCGCUGGGAACAGCGACUGCAAGAGCAACAGCAGAGGGGUCCCAAGAUUAAUGCGAGAGGCACAGAGGCGGGCGUGAGGAAAACCACCAGGGCCAAGAAGAAAGCGAGAAAGGGUGGCCAACAUGGGAAGCUUUAAACUGCCUCUCCAGCGUGCCAUAUUCUCUCAGAUACUGACUGCAGGAAUCUGCCUCCCUUGCGAUGGAUAUCAAAAUAUUUUAAAAAUAUAUAAGGAAUGUGUUCUUAAUACAAAAUAAAAACAAGUUUGUAAGGAGUGAUGCAUUUUGUGAAAUGCUACAUAUUGAAUUUGUAACAUUGAAUGUUCUCAUGAACACUAAUCUCAUGUAGGCAAAAAUAUAAUUACUUCUUAUAAUAAACUUUAUAACGCCA